GUGAUUUAUUCUUUUAUGUUUUACAGACGUGCAAUAAUCAAGAACCAGGACUUGAGGUCAGACACGCCCCUUACGCAGCUCCUGACCGAUGACUUCUGGGGAACGCCUAUUAGGCACAGCGGAUCUCACAAAUCAUAUCGCCCUCUAUGCGUCCUCUCCUUUCGUCUCAACUACGCACUCGGUGAACUCGACCCGUUCGGCUACCAUCUCACCAAUGUCAUCCUCCAUGUGAUCGCGACAGGUCUCUUCGUCAACGUCGCGAGGCGAUUUUUAAGAGGGAGCCCUUCCGUUCUCUUCGCAGGAUUGCUGUUUGCCUCGCAUCCCAUCCAUACAGAGGCGGUGGCCGGCGUAGUCGGCCGGGCAGAUGUCGGUGCUUGCAUUUUCACGCUCCUAUCCUUCAUAUGCUACAUACAAUCAUGCAGUUCUAUUAAGCUGAAUCAGAAGACAUUUGACCUGCAUGAUGAUGAUGAUGGACAAACUGAUGACCAUUUUAGAAGGACGGUUGCAAGGAGACGAGUCGUCUUCUUGGUGCUCAGUGCGGUAAUGACGUUUUGUGCAACAUUUACCAAGGAGCAAGGGAUCAUGGUUGUUGCAAUAAACGCUGCCUAUGAGAUCUUUGCUGUUCAUCAUAUGCGCUUAAGAGACUUGCCAAAGAUAUUCUAUAAGGCUGACUUCUGUCAUUUACGGCAAUCCCUUCUGCUACAAGCGACUCUAGGGGGUGCUCUUCUUGGCUUACGUUUCUACGCAACAGGCCUGCAGCCACCGAUUUUCGCUCCUGCCGAUAACCCGGCGUCUGUUUCACCAAGUUUUCUUACAAGAACUUUGACGUUUCUGUAUCUCCCAGCAUACAAUGCGUGGAUGCUGAUGUACCCAAAAUCCCUGAGCUUUGAUUGGUCGAUGGAGUCCAUACCACUUAUACAAACGAUAACAGAUUUGCGAAAUUUAUGGAGCAUUGAGCUGUAUGUGACAUUGGCGAUGCUUGGAUACCUUUGUUUUAAAGAACUAGACAAUCUCCAUGAAUUGACUUCACAAAGUAAUGGGAGAUUAAAACAUGUGCCUUGUAAAAGUGACACUGGUGGGUCAGGUAGCUUUAAAUAUCUUGAACACACGUCUUUGUGCAAUGGUUUUACGCAAAAGAGCAAUGGGAAAGAGACAAAGUCAUUACGCAAUGGCCACACAAAGAAGAGUCCAGUACCUGCCAAAAAAGAGAACAAUAAUUCCUACCAACGCAGCAACGGUUGCGAUAUUAUACGGAAGCGGCACUCGCGACAUUGUUCCUGUAGUCCCGAGCGGUGCGGGCGUCGCUUCUCCAGAAGCAGUAGUUGUAGUAGCAGUGGGUCGGUGAGUUACUCAGAUGAUGACAUCGUCGAGCGGACGCGGCUUCUCAACGUCAUCAUCGUCGCUACCUCGUUCCUCAUCUUUCCCUUCCUUCCUGCGACGAACGCUUUCUGCUACGUCGGUUUCGUCAUCGCAGAGCGUAUCCUCUACAUACCAAGCAUCGGCUUCUGCUUGCUGUUGGCAGAGGGCGCUAGUCAGAUCUGGCAGAGGUUUUCCGGCUGGGGACGUAAGGUCCUUGUUGCGUUGGUCGUGGUGCAGUUGUGUCUCUUCAGUGUUAAAACCGUUCUCAGGAACCAAGAAUGGCAGACCGAAGAAGUACUCUACAAGGCAGGCAUUGAGGUCAAUCCACCAAAAGCUCUAGGAAACUUGGCCAACAUCUACAAGACCGCAGGUCGGAUACAAGAGGCUGAAGAGGCUUACCGGAGGGCCCUGACAUAUCGCCGGAACAUGGCAGAUGUACACUAUAACCUAGGUGUGCUACUCCAAGAAGUUGGUAGAUUUGAAGAAGCCAUUGAAUCCUACCAACUUGCCAUUAAAUGUCGCCCUCGUAUGUCAAUGGCCCACCUCAAUCUGGGGAUCGCCUUAACAACGGUAGGACGUAACGUAGAAGCAGAGGCGGUGUACAGGCAAGCUGCUACCUUAGAUGAUGCUGGGCUGAAGGACCCUCGGGGCCAGAUGCAUGGCAUCGUCUCUUCUCUCUUCAAUCUGGGAAGACUUCUUCAAGAGGCAAAUAGACAUGAGGAUGCCUUAGUCAUAUUAGAGGAUGCAUUGAAAAGAAGACCCGACUUCUAUCCUCCACAAAGUCUACACAACAUGCUUGGUGAAACACAACACAAACUUGGCAACCUUCAGGAGGCUGAGAGGUAUUUCAAGGCAUCCCUACGCAGCAAACCAGACCAUGUACCCGCCCACCUGACCUACGCAAACCUUCUGGGAAAAACGAAUCGAGCUGUAGAAGCGGAACGUCUCCUUGAACGAGCAGUGACACUGGAACCAGAAAAUGCAAAUGUGUUUCGACAUUUUGGACAAUUUUGGCACGACCAGGGCGAUUACAAGAAAGCCUCUCAAUUCUACCACAAUGCUCUUACUCUUCAACCCAAUGACUUUGAGAUAACCUUCAAUCUUGCCAACUCACUCCGACAAGCCAAAGAUAACGAAGAGGCAGAAGUUUACUACAGGGAGGCCGUCAACUUGAAACCUAAUGUUGCCAAUGGACAUGUGAACCUGGGUGCCAUGCUUCACCUGAAUGGAAAGCUUGAAGAAGCUCAGGCAAGCUACCUGAAGGCACUGUCUUUGAAGCCUGAUGAUCCAACCAGUCUUCAGAACCUCAAGAAACUACGCAACCUCAUGGCCAAGAAGGCGCAAGCCAAUAAGCAACCAGAGUCGUGAUGAAGGCCAGAAUGAAAAAUAGGACAAGACCAUAUUUUCUCAAACUUUAGCCGACCUGAUGGACUCAGUAACAUUGUUGGAAGCCAUACCUUAGAAUACAUGGGAGAGGUACUUGAAGAUAAUUUACUUAAAGACAGAUCACCCACCGAGUGUGUAGAAUCCCCAAAAGAUUUGCAAUGAUGAUCCAAUCGAUGUCCGGAACCUUGAGAACCUAAGCAACCUCACUGUCAAGAAGUUGCUGUUGAACAGUUGAAGAAGACAACAGAAAUUUGAAAAAAUAUGGAAGAAGUAGUUGCCAACAACUUCAACAGUCUUGGUACACUCAAAAUUUUGAAAAUGAACAUCUAACUUGAAGACCCUCAAACAUUAUUAGAUUCUGCAUGAUGAAGAAGCAAGUGUCAAGAAACAUAAUGGUGCUUUCCAAGGCCUUGAACAAAGAAUCCUUAGCUGCCUGGUAGCCCCAGAAUCGUGAAAACAAUGGCCUCUAUGGAAGUCCUAUGUGUCUACAACCUCAGCAAAUUCUCUUGAUAUUUAUUGAAGACAUUCUGCUUGAAUCAGGGGAAUUCAGAGUUACAGUCACCAGACCCUCAAGAAAUCACAUCACCUUGUGGCCAAGAGGCAUCAACUAAGUCUAUGAAGAAAGCAAGAAGAGAAAUAUCUGAAGGUUCUAGGUCUGCAGAGCUUCAACAGCUUUGGAUAAUCUCUCAAAGUAAUGACUGUCUGAGCUUUGGGAAGUUCAAGGCCCCAUAUCAUAUUUCUUAGUGCAUUAAUAAAUAUCUUGUAUCUUGUAUAGUAGAGCUGAUUUUCACAAAUUAUCAUACACAAUGAUCAAUGGAACUUCAAUGCUAGAAUGAAAAUAACCAAAUGCUGACUUUCCAAUAAAACAUCAAAUCUACAGCAAAGAAAUAUAAAGAUAAAACUUUGAAUUUAUUGAUGACUUUUCCAACGAAAAUUGUAACACAUUAGGACCAAAAUCAUGCUAACUUCCUACUUGGGGGUAAACCAACAUUUCAAAGUGGCCCACCAUUGUCUUAUCUGGCAAGUAUGUUUCCAACAUUGUAUGAUAAUCAUCAUACUUUUUUAUUAUUUUAUACAUUAAUACAAAUAUCCUUGGGCAUUUGCCCUUUAUCUUUUUCCUACACAUAUAAGGACAUAUUUGAAUUGAAUUAGACAAAACUAAGUGCAAUAUUUGAUAAUUGAGUUUAACUUGUAUUACUUAUUUAAAAUGUUAACUGAAUAGUAAAUGCCAAAUUCUAAUGAAAUUCAACUUGCACUCUAAAACAGAUUGAGUACAAAUUGACCCAAUAUUGGGUAGAAAGGGAACAAGUAUGUUUGUUGCGUAAUUGUUUCCCCUCAUAUUGGGUAAAAUGCAAUGCAAGAUUGC